AACGGAAAUAGAAACAAUGUUGCGGGAGUGUGGCAGCGAUACCGAAGCUGCGUAGAGAGUAGAAGAAGCGCAAGAGGGAGACGGAGAGUGGAUUUGGGACACAUUUUACCUUCUACAAACGGCGAAUUCAGCCCGGACGCCGUGCAAAAUUCGUCCCAGUUCGCUGUUACUCGUUUAACACGAGUUACAGCGAAUUAUUAGCGAGCUGUCGACGCCACAGAACACCAAAGUGUCAGGUUAAAGGGUGCAGCUGUUGGUAUCUGACAGUUUCUGAGAGUUUUACUGGGUCCGCCGCGCGCGCGCACACCGGUAAUAAGUUGUUUUGUUGCUGCCAGCGAUGUUUGGAAUUCCUUCAAAAACCUCGUUUGUAGUCGGCGCUUGAAGGGUCAUGCAUAAAGCUGUUUGUAAUAAAAAAAGAUAAAAGUAGCGAUAAUGGGGGCAAAACAACGAAGUGCGUGUAAUAACACUGUUGAGCCACCAAACAGCCAUGCUAUUAGAAGUUGUCAAAGUUGACAGUAAAUUGUAUGUUUCAUUGUGUUUCAGCUUUUAAAACCCCCAAAACAAUAUUUAAGUAUAAUUUGUGUAAAUAUUUUGUCCAAAUAGUUUUAUCAUUCGUGUUGUUUUUCUAAUAAUAAUAAUAAUAAUAAUAAUAAUAAUAAUAUAAAUAAUAAAGCAAGUUGUUUAUCAUUUAGCUUGAAAUUGUGUCCAGAAGUAAAUGAAUUUGGGCCUAAUUUGAUGAAAUCCAGUCCUUUCACUGUGUAAGACUCUUAAUUGUUCCAUAUUUUAUUAUUAUUAUUUUUAUUUAUGUAUUUAUUUAUUUAUAUUAUUAUUAAUGUGUUAAGUUGUAUCAAAGUGCACACAAAGCCAUAAAAGGCUGUUUUGAGGCUUGUAAGAGAGGAUCUUUGCUGUCUUGUGGUUUGUGGCACGCUGGUGACCUUAACCUCUGGCCAAAGUGGAAGAACGCCAACAGUAACCUGACCUUCUCAAAUGUUUCCAGUGUAUGCUAGCCUACACCGUGCAUUUCUUAGUUUUUUUGCACUGAAAGAGUUCUGUUUCAAUCAGAAAACGCAACUCAAAAUGAUUGUAAAGUGAAAUCUUGCUAAAAGAAAACAAACUGCAGCUUAUGUAAAACUAUAUGUUCAGUGGGUAGUUAAAUUCUGAAGUGAGUAACUUGGUCUCCCUUGAGGUUGUGAAGAUUUUUACCACCCAGAGUGUUUCUUCUUCACACGUCAGGACAAAAAAAAACUGACAAAUUUGGUUGCAAAAGCUGUCGAUAUCAAAGCAAACUUGUAUAGUUAACCACAUCUUUUAGUUUUACAUUCACUUGUAAUGACAUGCACAUUUCCAUACCAGCUGGUUACCAGUCACUUCUAAAGCAAAGCAUUAAAGCACCAUCCAAUCUGCAGUCAUUAGCUUGCUCGCUGCCCCAGGCCUCGCCAGUAAUGGGGCCUUGUUGCUCAUGAUCCACAUCAUGUGAGCUCUUAUGUCUAAUGAGUGGAAGUGGGAUUCUUUUGCUGUGCUGAAACAAACACUACAUUAGCAGUUUGUUUCAUAUGUUGGUCCGAGAUGUCUGCUACUCUGUUGCUCUAACCUCAGGGACCCUGAAUGCCAUCUCGAUUAGGCGUUACAAAAAUAAGACCAUUACAUCUUGUCCUGCCUCACUUAAUCAAGAAUAGGCAGUAAUGGGUGAUGGAUCGCCCGUGUCUACCGCUGUUUGUGAAACGUUUUAGCCAUGCUACGUGUUGUUUUUGUGCCACCACGUGCAUCUUUAAACCUGUGUAAUUGACAGUUAGCAUCUUGUUGUAAGUUCUCAGUAAGAAAAGGGAAAAGAAAAACGAAGCAGGAGGGAGAAACAAGAGGUGGUGAUGGUGCGAGGAAUGGGCAGCUGCAGCAUCUUUUACCGCACUCCUCAUCCCACUUCAAUCUCAGUGUCUCAGCCUCUCCUUCCAGUAGAAAUGUGGAGUGUGUGGGUGAGUCGGAUCUGCAAUUAACGCUGGUUGUCAGAAAAGAAAAUGCUGGCGUUUACAGCGUGCCUCUGAAUCACUGAGUGAAAGUCUUUCUCCUCCACUCUUCUCCUCCCAGGACAUUAUUUAUUUAUUUAUUUUUUGAUUCCAAGGAGGACAAAACACCAGAGAGCUGCAAGCCAAGGAUGCAUUUGAGUGUACAAUAAGAGCUAGAUGCAGAACAUUCUGGUCCAAUAAAGAGGAUAGUUUUUCUCUGACUCUUUGAUUGCGGUGAGGUCUGCCUGAAGAGCAAAGAUUGUACUGAGAAAAUUGAAAGAGAGCACACACACAUACACACACACACACACACACACACACAAAAGACAGUUGCACAAUGUACUAGAAGAGUGGGAGAAGAACGUGUGCUGCUUUGAGUUUGUUGACGUGUCUGAAAACCGGAAAGGACUCAGCCAUGGGCCGGAAGAAGAUACAAAUCACCAGGAUUGUGGAUGAGAGGAACAGGCAGGUUACCUUCACAAAGAGGAAAUUCGGCUUGAUGAAAAAGGCCUAUGAGCUGAGCGUACUGUGUGACUGUGAGAUAGCCCUCAUCAUUUUCAACAGCUCUAACAAACUGUUCCAGUACGCCAGCACAGACAUGGACAAAGUGUUGCUGAAAUACACAGAGUACAACGAGCCCCAUGAGAGCAGAACCAACUCUGACAUUGUGGAGAAAUUGAGAAACAAGGGCCAUAAUGACUGUGCUAGUCCCGAUCCUGAUGACUGUUUUGGGCACAGCCCCCUCAUGGAUGACCAUUUCGGCAAACUAAGCGAAGACAGUGAUUUAAUGUACAAGCGCUGCGGUGCGCUAAACAAGAAAGAACACAGAGGUUGUGAUAGCCCGGAUCCCGAUGCCUCAUAUGUCCUCACUCCUCACACAGAAGAAAAGUAUAAAAAAAUUAAUGAGGAGUUUGAUAAUAUGAUGAGAAAUCAUAAAAUCCCCACAGCAUUGCCCCAGCAGAACUUCUCCAUGCAUGUGGCAGUGCCAGUAUCCAAUCCUAAUGCCAUGUACCAGGCAGGAGGGAAUCUGGGCAGCCAGGCCCUGGCAGCAGCCGCAAGCUCUCUGAGUGAGAGUGGGAUGCUGUCCCCUCCGCAGGCCUCUCUGCACAGGAAUGUUGGCUCCGGCGGAGGCUCUCAGAGGCCCACAAGUGCAGGCAGUGCAGGUGGCAUGCUGGAUACCACAGACCUUUCAGUGCCAAGUGGUGCGGGCUGCAGCCCAGCGGGGAAUGGUUUCGUCAACCCUAGGGGUUCGCCAGGCCUCCUCAGCACAUCUAGCGGCAAUGGCCUUGGUAAAGUCAUGCCCACCAAGUCUCCACCGCCUCCUGGAGGGAACAUGGGAAUGGGAGGCCGCAAGCCAGACCUAAGGGUUGUUAUCCCUCCAUCAAGCAAAGGGAUGAUGCCCCCACUGUCGGAGGAAGAGGAAAUGGAUUUGAACACCCAGAGGAUAAGCAGCUCCCAGUCCAACCAGCCGCUUGCCACUCCUGUUGUAUCUGUUACCACCCCCAGUUUACCCCCACAGGGCUUGGUCUACUCAGGCAUGCCCACCUCCUACAAUCCCACUGAGUACUCGCUGAGCAGUGCAGAGAUCUCCUCCCUACAGAGCUUCAGCUCUCCCGGGCUCUCGCUGGGCUCCAUGUCGGCAUGGCAACAGCAUCAACUGGGCCAGGCAGCUCUUAAUUCUUUGGUUGGUGGAAGUCACCUACCUCAGGGCUCCAAUCUAUCCAUCAGCACUAGCCAGAACAUCAACAUCAAGUCCGAACCCAUAUCGCCUCCCCGAGAGCGGGUCACCCCGUCUGGCUUUCCGCAGCAGCAGCCUCAGCAAGGGUCCAGCCGGCAGGAGGUCCUGGGUCGUUCGCCUGCCGACAGCCUCAGCUCAUCUUGUAGCUCAUACGACGGCAGCGACCGCGAGGACCACCGACCGGACUUCCACUCUCCGCUAGGACUCGGAAGGCCCCCUGCUGGUAGCGAGGACAGAGAGAGCCCAUCGGUCAAGCGCUUGCGCAUGGACACAUGGGUGACAUAAGGAGCCCUGAUCCUGUCUCCUCAGCAACCAGACAGAGAGAGCGUGGGAUUAGAACUGGGGUUAAAAAGAAGGAGCAGCGUUCCUUAGAGCUGUCAAAAUGAUACAAAUAUUCAACUUCAGUUUGCAAGGCUGAGAUAUCAGGACAUAUCUAAAGUAAAUAACUCAAACUGAUACAGUUAAGUUAAAAAAAAUCAGUUGGCUGGACUGAAUUUGUGCACAAGCAGGUGAUAUCAGGUACCGUACUUGGUGCAAUUCAGGUGGCAUCUACAGAAGAAAAAACCGUUCAAAGAAAAACAAUAACAGUAGGCGGUAGAUCAUCGUAGUCACUCAUCUGGUCAGACACUUUACAUAUUGUUGCUGUUUUGCUGUUGUGCUCGCAAGUUUGCAAACAAUCAGAGAAAACUGUUGCUUUCAGGCUAAGAACACUCUAAUUACAAACGACGUUCACUGCAGGAACUGUCUUUGAAACGAUGCUGUAAACACACAGACCUUUAGACAAAUGGAGGCCUCUUUUAUUAUACUGAUUCUGACUCAGCAACCUUAUUCAACUAAAAAAAAUAAACAUAAUAAAAACACACGAAGCAGUAAUGUGGCAGGGUCAAACAAAACAGCACCAGAUUUCAUUGCAAUAAUGCGGCUUUAUUUUGUAAUUUAAAAGAUGUAAGCUGUAUAAAUACGAAGCUAAGAUCCAGUCGAGCUGCUAAGUAAAGUCAACAUGUUUAGAUUUGUGUAACAGCUCAUCAGUAACAUAAGCCAAAGCUGUUUUAUUUUUGUGUGUGUUGUUUUGUGCCGUUCUCUCCCGACAGCUCACUCAAAUGCAGCCUGUUUUUUAAUUGUUUUAUUUUAUUUUAUUUUAUUAUUUUUAUUCAUAUGCUUUAUUACAGUGUAAAAAAAUCUUGAAUUGAUAUCUAAAGCCAUGGACACGUGCUGUUCUGUUCGUACAAUUGAAAAAAAAAAUUGAGCCAAAUCUUUGUCUUUUUGUUUGUGUAAAUAGCGACUUUAAUAUAUUUUACCAGGGUGUGAGAAUACACUCCAUGUAUGCGCCGCCGUGUUCAAGAAAAGUAUAUUUUUGUGGUUUACAGCCGAGUUUACAGGAAGUGGACCCUUAAAGAUGAACAGGUUAAACAUUUCAGAUUUCGUUUAGUCUCCUACGUAUUUUAGAUAAUUUCUCGUUAGCUGUGUCGUAUCACCUGGUGCCACCAUUCAACUCUAAGCCCCCCCCCCCCCCCCCCCCCCCACACACACACACACACAUUGGAGAAUAACCUAUUGUUGCUUUGAACCGAACUGAAGUUCUCUAAAACCAUCCUGUUAGUGACUCAAAGAAGACAAAAACAUUUAGACACAACUCAUGAGCUCAUUUGUGGUUGUAAAUAAACACAUUUAUGUAAAUUGGCUUAAAUACUCAUGCCCUCCUGUAGGAAGAGUACCAUAGCCCUGCAGUAGGGGCUUGUAGGAAACCAUCUGAAGUCAAGCUGAUGCCCGUGUCGUUACACUGUAGAGAGAGCAAGUAAAAGACGGGUUGUGACUGUUUCAAUUCAUCAUAAAAGAGACGUCCACCAUCUAACUUCGGUUUUCACUGCUGAGAGGCACACGUUUGCAUGAGUAGGGUCGCUGUACGAGACAGAUAUUGCUCUGCAUUCGCCACUGCAUAUCUUGUGUGCGUAAAAUCAAACAACCUCACCCCCAUCCUCAUCACCACCAAAUGCAGUUUACACCAAUCUAUGCAGAAGGAAGCCUAGUACACGUCAAACUGAAAUUACAAGAUGUCCUUGUCUGGUGGAGAGAAAGACUGUUAGCCUCUUAUUUUGAAGUGCCACAGCAGGAAGUAUCAAAUGUUGUAAGUUGCUGGACUUGUUUAGGUCACAUCCUCGUGUUCAUACAGGUAUAUUGGUAAAUGUACUACAAGAUGUAGAAUGUUGUAAUCCAGUUUAACUCAGCAGGGGAAACAAGCAAUAAUAAUAAACAACUUCAACGAAAAAGGAUCGUCAGCCCGUCUCGGCUGCAUCACCUCGUAGUUGAGCACAUAUUUUAGCACUUGAUGACAUAUCAGGGAAUUUUGUAGUUGCUCUGUCGAUAUGCACCGUUAGGAAAUGCCUUAUCCCAAAGAGAAACCCUAUUGUUUUCUCUCGUGUAAAGAAAAGACAAUGCAGACAUGGUUCAGGCUUAAAUCCUCUCAGAAUAAACUCACACAAGAAGAUGCAUGGUGAAUGCACGGUGAUACACUAGUUGGUCUAAAUGUGCACAACUGAUGAAUGUGAAAAGGAAAAGGGUAACAGUGAACCUCCGUAGAGGACUUUCUUCACUUUGCUUUGCAAGAGUACACUGCUUUGCUUCAUGGCUUUUAUAUAUAUAAAAAAAAAGAAAAACAGAACUUAGUGUUUGGUAAGUGUUUGUAGUUGAUAGCUCACUUAACUGAAGAAGCUGUUUUCGGUUUGAGCGCUCGAACCGUUUGGUGGCACAAGCUGGACUUUGUUGCCAAUGAGGAAAUUAUUUGUUAAGAAAAAGAAAAAAAAAUAGAUUUUCAGUUAAUCAUGCAUUUUGUUUCGCUUGAAUGUGUUAUUUUAUUUUCAAAAAACAAAAAUUACUCAAGUGAACAUUUUUAUGAAACGAGAUACUAUGCUAGAUGCUGUUGUACAAAAUUUGUAUUCUACACAAAAAGUACAAAUAUUGGCUUUUAAUGUGUAAUUUAGUUUUUUCCCUCUUAUUCUGUAUAAAAUGAAGUAAACAACUCUUUCAUAGAAUUUGUUCUUCUGUGAAGUCCCGAACAGUAUAAACGGUCAACUUUAUUAAACACAUCAGUGUAUGCUU